AUGCCGCCUUGCCGCUCGCAGCUCAGCGCUGCUACGGUCGAGAAGCCCAUGCCGCAGAAGACUGGCCGAAAGUCGGGCCGCCUGAGGGCCCAUCACCAAGACAAUAAAGGUACAGCAGUGAACUCCACACACAAGCCACAACGUCUGGGCUGGACCAGGUCAAUCUUACGGAGACAAGUGGUGAAGCCUACCGAAGAAUCAACCACGAGCAUUGACCUCGACAGCAAGGAAUGCUGCAUGAACCCCGCAACCACUGAAACCGUGAAACUGCCAGUCGCCAGCUCCACUCCGUCAAAAAUGGCCCCUUCAUUCAUGGACACAUUGGUUGCCCGAAACCCCGACGACCAAAGCCCCAAACCUGACAUCGAACCGGAAAAUCCCUCGUACACCCAGCUGGGCACGCUGAUCUCGGGUGACCCGGGAGUCCAUACGAACAAAAAAUAA